AAGGCCCAAAAUUAUUACCAUCUGGAAUUCUCCCUCUUCCCCGACGAGGCUGAACCAAUCAAGAUCGACUUGGCAGAUUUUGGGUUAGCUGUCAAAGUGUAUAUGGAGAGUGAAACCAAGGUGUUGGUGCCGUGGGAUGAUGGCGAGCGGAUGUGGGUGGCUUGGAAUCAGGAAGUGAACCUGCCGGUCACAAGAGACCUGCUGCUGAAGCUGAUGACCCACAUUGUGACACUGCAGGUUUGGGACCACAAGGAGAAAGUGUCCCCGAAGGCCAGGUUUGACCGGCCCAGGGGCUUCCGUGUUCUACGCCAAAAGGGAGGGGUCCGGCCCAAUGUGGACGAUAUGAUGAAGACCCUGGUGUUGUCACAGAAGAUGCUGUUUAAGAACGGCCAGCCUCGGGCCAGCUCCACGCUGCUCCGCAACAACGGGAAAAACAUUGGUGCGGUGGUGGGCAAGAUCAGCAACUCAGAAGAACUCAUCACUGUCGUGGUUACCUCGCUGGAUCAGAAGAUAAAGGAGAUCCCGAAGGAGAGCACCAGGAGCUUCCAAAAGGCCAUGUCCUUGUUACAAGAAAUAAACCCCAUCGACUCGAGCGACCCCAAAAGGCUGUCUUCCGGCAUCGAGCAGCAUGUCUCCUCCAAGACAGAUGGCCCGCGGCCAAUGAGCGAGAGGAAGCUGUGUCCGGAUCAGGAAUCCAAAGCGUCCUCGGCCGAAGAGAAGUUAAAGCUAUUGGUUCAGAAUGAAGAGAACAACUCCAUCUCUGACCUGACCAAGUGGAAGUACACUAACAAGAAGGGGAGCAUCAAAGUGACCUCCAAGGACAAGAAGAGAGAGAUCGACCUCCAUGUGGAGCCAGCGGCUGUUAUUAACCUGGAUAUUAAACCACUUGUUGCUGGGUCAAAUUCGGUCACAAACAAACUGGAGAAACCCUGUCAGACCAUCAUGGACGCUUACUUCACACUGUCCCUCAAGCAGUCACUCCUGUCAGAUAAGCUGCAGAAAGAGCUGAACCCCCUGGUUAUCCGUAUACUCUCCGUCACCUCAAUGCCAUCCACACCCAUUUCCAUCUCGGAUCUAGAGGACAGAUGUAAUCCUGUAACGUGUCAGUACCAAUUCAUGGACCUGCCAUGUCACCAGACGCUGGGCCGGGAGCACGGGACCAACGUCUACUUCAAUGACGUCAACGUGAUCCUUACAGGCACGGUGAACGCUGCCCGGCUACGGGAAUACCUGCUGGGGCCGGUGCUGGAGAUCGAGGUGCACGACCGGGACAGGAAGCUGCGGGAUCAGCUGCAGAUCCCCGCCCUGUUCGGGGCUGAGCCCGAGGACAGCAAACUGAGCAACGUGGGGCUGGUCAGCUGCAAGCGCACCCUCCACAACCCCUUCACCGACACCAACAACUCCUGGGACCCCUUCGGAGUGGCCAAGGUCAGCCUGACUGAGCUGCUGGAUGGCAAGAGGGUCCUGAACAUGACCAUCCCCAUCCAGGGCUGCCGCUCGCCAGACCCUUCGGGCUCCCAGCGGGACGGGCUGGGGGGCAGGAUCCUGGGGGUAGCGGGGGCCGUGGACGGGCCCCAGGACGUCCCCCUGCCCAUGGGCCAUUAUCUGGAGUCAAAUGCUCAGCUCAAGCUGAGGGUGGAGAUAGCUUACCCCCUGUCACGCUACCCGCAGGAGGAGACCAGAGACGAGCAGACCACGGACAUCGAGACUGUGAACAAGGAGAGUGUGGACGAGGAGACUGCUGACGUUGGGAUCUUGGUCAACACCAAUGUUAUGAUUGUAGAAACGCAGAGUGCAGACAAGGAGCUAUUGGACAUUGAGGCUGUGGACAAGGAGAUAGUGGACAAGGAGACUGUGGACAAGACGACUGUGGACAAGACGACUGUGGACAAGACGACUGUGGACAAGACGACUGUGGACAAGACGACUGUGGACAAGACGACUGUGGACAAGGAGACUGUGGACAAGGAGACUGUGGACAAGGAGACUGUGGACAAAGAGACUGUGGACAAGGAGGAGUUUGACGUUUUGGAUGAGAUGGCCUGCCCAUUUGGACGCAUCAUUUACAUUUUUGACUUCAGAAACCAGGGCUUCCUGCAGGAGCUGGUGUCUGAGAUCAAGGAGGUGAACGCGACAGGUCUGUGCCUCGAGUCACUGCCCAAGCGCGCCAGCCCCCUGCGUCGUCUCAACUCCCUCCAGAGGGACAGCUCCAGGCUGGACAUCCUCACCGGCUUCCAUGUGACGGACGACAACAUCCACCUCUUCGUGCUGGAGGGGCUGAGAGACGGGGGUGUCAGGAGGCUGUGGGAAAGGCUACCGGCCAGAAUCGAGGCUGCAGAGACAGGUCGACUUGACGUGAGGUACAGCUCAGACCUGAGCUUCCACAAUCGCCUGUACAUGGAGCUUGACCCGAGUAUCACCACCAUCCAUCUACACGAGUCCCUGCAGACCAUUACCAGGCAGCCACUGCUGUACGUCAGGGACAUGGUGCCUCAGGCCUGCUUCCACGGUAUCAUCAAGCUGUAUUCCCUCUGCUCCGUCCGGAAGUUACGGGACGCAGUGCACAACGACCUCUUCCCCACCGCGGAGAUGGUGACGCUGGUGAGCAGGGAGUUUGGGGUCCCGGCGUCCAGGGCCCACCUUAAGCGCGGUGGUCCACCCAAGGUCAUUCCAUACCCGUCGCCGGCCGACACAGCGAGCACCUGCCUGUCACACCCGCCGUGCCGACACCCGCUGGACUCACACAACAAAGCCUACGUCGAGAGGAAGAGAGAGCAAACUCUCCACAAGAACUUCACCGAGAUGAACAUGGAAGCGGUGCAGAGAGCCAGCAGGAGGUUGCAGAGGAAGAAGGGGGAGAUGGUCACUGUGUUCCCCACCGACGGCAAACAGGUCUACCCUUACUCCAUCCAGGCCCUGAACAGCAUCGAGCAGGCCAAGGCCCUGGUGCGGGCAGAGAUAGCCAAGGAUCCCAAGCAACACUUCACCUAUGGCCCGGAGUACAUGUCGGCGAAGGUGGAUCCCGUGGACGUGGAGAAGGAGUGGAAGCUGGAGAUGGAGAGAUCCAGAGCAGCCUGGCUUACCUUCCACGGCUUCCAAUACCCGGGCUUCAAGACCAGCCUCGAAUCCAACAGGCACCCGAUAUGGCUGAGCAGGAAUCGGAUAGAGGAGCUCAAAACCCCUUGGAACGAGAAUAACCUGCACAGGAACUUAGAGUCUCCGCUGUCACGAGGAGCGUGGAAAUGGCACAAUAGGAAACUCGACUUUGAUCUGUACUCACACCCGCCUUGCCCAGCCCUCCCCGUCUCCAACCACCUGACAGGAGAUGUGGCCAAAGCGGAGCAGUUGGAAGCUAUUCAGAAGUUCUAUGAUGAUUGGCGCUCCAAGCUGGUGGUGGACAACACGCGGGUGAGAUGCCACCGCUGUGGGGUUGGCACCGAGCAGCGCACACAGGGGCCCAAAGCCAGCAAUGACCUGGACAGGCUUAAGAGUCUGCGUAAGGACAAGCCGGCGAAAUACACCUUUAAGGUGCACGACACCCUGCUGAAGAGACCUCCCUCGUCGAAACUCCAGAGACAGAUCUCGUGUACGCCAGAGACUCAGCUGGAGAACAGGAGCGGGUUCGGCCCCGGCAAGCCCGAGGCACACAGCCUCGGCCGACACGCCAUCCCCAGGCACAACAUGGAGCACCGCAAGUACGCCGAGCUCAAAGGCCACGACUUCAACUUGCUCUGGAGACAGAAGUCCUACGUUUACCAGCCACGGCUCAAGCCACUGACCAAGGAGGAGCUCAGGACACAUCUCUUCACCUUCCGGGAGGUCACCCCCAGCCCGGCCGUGCUUCCUGCCAUGACCAGAGAGGGGCCGUGCUGGGCUCAGUGA